GAUGAACCGGAAGUCAUCAAACAUUCACUGCCUGUACAUGGCGAUAUAUAUUUUUUAUGAAAACGUUAAGGAAUUAAAGAUUAUGAAAUGACUUCCCCAGACAAAGAACAUGCAAUUAAACGACCAGUCUCUCCAAGUGAAGCUGAUCUGGGAAAUAAGAGGAAGCAUAAGUUUUUACAUCUGAUGGGAGCCUCCAAGAAAGGGCACACUGGACGUCGGGUCAUUGGAGACCACAAGUCAACAUCACACUUCUGCAGCAGUAAGCAAAAUGAUCCCCUUUUUCCACCGCGGGAACUUUUCUAGUUACCUGUGGUUUAGUCCAGAACCUGUCACAGAAACCGUCUCUUCCAUUCAACUCUCUCCACCACCAUGGGCAAGACCAAAGAGCUGUCAAAGGACCUGAGGGACAAGAUUGUUGACCUGCACAAGACUGGAAUGGGCUACAAGACCAUCAGCAAGACGCUCGGUGAGAAAGAGACCACUGUUGGCGCAAUAAUUCGGAAAUGGAAGAAAUACAAGACAACGGCCAAUCUCCCUCGCUGUGGAGCUCCAUGCAAGAUUUCACCCGGUGGUGUGAGGAUGAUCACGAGAAAGUCUCAGUCACAUGGCGUUCCGCCAGCAGAGGGUCAGGGCAAGGUGACGCCAAAGCCCAAGACGCCCGCCAGCGAGAGCAGCGAGUCUAAAGACGCACAGCACAAAUUUUAUGAUCCACACCCAAAAGAAACCACAACGCUAAAUGACAAAACUGUCACAGAGAGCCGGAACACUGAAUGCAAAGAAAUGUACAGAAUAGCCUUUGUGAAGCCAUCGUAGGCGGGACAAGGGUGGGGAAUGCGGGGGUUACCUUUUGUAAAAUAAAAAUAAAACAUAGCAUAUUGUACUAAAAAUGUCUACGGUUGAAAUAGUGAACUUUAAAGUAUGCUUGGUAAUGAUUGCACCUACUAGAGCGCCCUUGAGCGGCAGCUUGAGUACACAUCCAUUUAUGCUGUAAAAAAAUAAUCUGCAACAAGUUACUGAUGAUAGCGUUGGCUAAAAUAAGUUAAAAUACAAGAGAAAAUGUUUUAUAUUUUCCAUUUAUCGGACAAGGGACCAUAGAUGGUAGUCUGCAGUGGGAGUUCAUGUCCAACCCAAUUCAUGAUUAGAAUUAUAAUUUUAAAAAAUCAUGUUACAUGUAUGCCACAUUGAAAUAUAACUACUACAAUAAUAAAUAAAUAAAUAAAAAGAGUACAUGCAUCUUCUUUUAAGUAUUACAGUACAAAUAAUCGACUCCCACCUGGUGUUCAAUUUGUGCUAAACUACAGUGACCUUGUGCUCAGUUUAAACAUCUGAGGGAGAAAAUAGAAUAAAAAAAGUUUAUAGAUUUAACUAUAGUACCUUAAUAUGAGGCCGUUUAUGUUAUAUUAUUUAUGUUUUCCUAGUGAAGGAGUUAUCCGACCAGCGUUCAUUGUUAGUUUAUUUAAAAAAAAAAAACAUUUUUCAUUCAAAAAAGAAAAAAAAUAAUACAGUAUAACAUACAAACACUCUUCAAACCAGAAUGAAAGGGAGCAGAAAAAGACAAGUCUUAUUGUCUCUGCCCCUUUUUAGUUUAAAAAGUGUAGUGACAUAAUCCAACCACAGGAGGCAGCAUAAAACUCAUCGAAAGCACCACUGCAACAGUAGAGGAAGAUGAACCGGAAGUGACGAGCCAUUCGCUGCAUGUACAUGGCAAUUUUAUUUUAGUUAUUUAUGUGAACAAUAAGAGACAACGCUGCUCAAAUGAGUUCUCCAGACGGAAAACACGGAACUAAACGACCGGCAUCUCCAAGUGAAGAGGAGUCCACCCAGUGGGCUUCAGCUGACUUGGGAAGUGAUGAGAGGAGGCAGAAAUUUUUACGGCUGAUGGGAGCUUCAAAGAAAGAGCACACUGGACGUCUGGUCAUUGGAGACCACAAAUCAACAUCACACUUCCGCAGCGGCAAAGAAGAUAAGAAGAUCAGCCAGCAGCUGGAGAUGCAGUACCAGCAGGGGAUGGACGGCAAACUGUCGGGACGUAACCGUAGACACUGCGGACUGGGAUUCAGCGAGUCUGAUUCAUCUGACGUCCCGCCGGCAGAGAAUCAGAGUGAGGUGACACCAAAGCCUGAGACGUCUCCCAACGAAAGCAAAGACUCAGAGGACAACGCUUGUCAUCCAGACCCAAAAGAAACCACAACAGAAAAGGACAAAAGCGUCCCAGAGAGGGGGAACACUGAACGCAAAGAAGUGUACAAAAUGUCAUUUGUGAAGUCAUCGUAGGCGGGACAAGGGACAUUUGUUGAUUUGUACAUCAUGUGUUCACUUGUAGGCCAAUCACAACCCUUUUUUAUGAUUUCCUUAGCCGGAGUGGUGAUGCUGACAUUGAGGUUUUUUUUUUCAAUGACUCCAGUUUUUUUUCCUUAUUGCUAAAAAUAAUAAAAGCACACACACAGUAAACUUGUAUUACUUUCCUGUUUAUUUUGUAAGGUGACAGUAUUCCUUUACUUGAUUCAUCAUCUUAGUAGCAAAGACAGACUGUGACCACUAGGUGACGCUACAAGCUGAUCGAACGACUUGAGGACAAAAAACAAGCAUGUUUUCCAGCGUGUUAAAAUUGUGAUUUUCACACGUAAAAUGUUUGCGUUUUAGCCCAUAAGAAGCCGCGGUGACACUUUAUGACCUACAAUGUGUCCUACACAGCUUUGUGCGUGAGUUGAACUCAUGAAGUCCCUAAGUGCCAUAUAGAAAAUAUUUUGGUGUGGUUGUCAUGUGACUAUUUCAUGAUAUGGCUUCCCCAGAUGGUAUUGUGUCAGGUAAGCUAGCUCAUUUCCAAAAACGUUUUUUGGCAUUAAAGCUCAUUUUAAAGCAAGUUAACAUGUUUUUAAAAUCUUAACAUGCUGUCACAUAUUACAAUUCAAUUGUUCUUACUAUAAUUCGUUAAUUCAUAUAAAAGAAGCUCGGAAAAUCUAUCUCGUUAGCUAUAAAGCUAUCGAGCUUUUAGCUUUAAAAUUGCUACAGAAAGCCGGACGGGACAUAUUUGUCACAAUAGCAAAAAUGCCAAUAAAACACUCAGUAAAUGUUAGUGUCUAUUGUUCUUAAUUAGUAUAUGGUCUUUGCUUUAAUUCAAAGUAUAUUUGUGGUAUUAAGCAAAAAAAAAAUUCAAACAAGGAACACAUUUAUCAUGAGCAAUGUAGCAUAUAUGCAACAGCUUUGACAAUAUUGGGGGUGGGUGGAAUCAUAAUUGUCUUCUACCAGUGUAUCACCCGUCAUUUUACUUUAAACACAAUCGGCUUCUUAUGUGUUAAAACUGAAUUAGUCAGCAUUUGUUUAAAAAAAAGUAUAAAUUACUGAAAAUAGAAGCAACUGUUGAAAUUGGCUGUUUUCCCAAGAGUCUCAUGUUUUCCCAAGAGUGGCAGUGGUGGUGACAGCAGCAGCGGCUUUAGCUGAGGAGAAAAACAUUUUGUUUUAUUUUAUGAUUAUCUUCUAACGUUGAGUCAUUCAUGUGGAUGAUUGGCAGGGAGCAAGGAAACGUUAAAAAUGGAACAUUUCAUUUCUCAUUUCGAACCAGGAAGUUAUUGGAGGUUGUAUAAUGAAAUAACAUUGAAUUUUUCAUAAGAGAGGGUGCUCCUUGCAGAGAUGGGCACAAAUAGCUAAAAACGUAAUAAAAGCUGGCAAUGUUUAAAUUAGAGCCCGAUUACGACGUAUCACCAAUGGAUCAAUACCGGUGAAUAUGUAACAGAUAUAUCAACUUUUUUUUUUUUUGCUGAGUAGAGAUUCUGUCGCUCCCUUCCUGUGUGUCUCUGUGUGCUACACUUGAGCCCGUCAGGGAGACCAACGUUUUAGAGAGACUAUUUCAGUGUUUUAACGUCGUGUAAGUUGCAUCUCUCUGAGAUAAACAAGAUAUAUGCAGAUAUACACAGCGUCCCACUUCAUUUAAUAUUCCCAUGCUCAUACAUUCACAAGUUCAUGUCUUCAUUCAAAUCAUUUUGAAAAUGUUCCAAGGCAUGUAUUUAGUCUUAGUCACGUUUGGUCGUGUUUUGAAAGCAGCUACAUUGUAACAUAAAAUGUAGUUUAGUCCUUGUACUAAGUAACGUGAUGCGUGUUUUGAUUAUUUCUUAUUUUGUUUGGGGGUCAACUUUUUAAUGUUUGCUUCAGCAUUUGUUUUUGAGCUGUUGGCAAAUACUCAGUGGCUGCAGAUGGAACUUUUCAAUAGCUAGUAAAAUAUGACUGAUUGAUAUUGAUGAGAUGUUUUUGUGAAUAAACACAUAAUGUAUUAAAUGAAAAACAUCUCGCAUUAGCCUAUGUAUCAUCACUUCCAGCCCAAUGCAGCCACUUGUUUUUAUUUGAAAAUGCUCAACUAUAGUAUCACAUUCUAGGCUACUGACCAAAAUGCACUAAAUGUUGAUAUUUUCAUGUGACAGGCAGAGGAGAAGAGUAAGGUGUGGAGGUGUUAUGUUAGAUGCAACAUGUGCAUUGUGCAAGUUAGCCAUGGCUGCGGCACCAGCACAGCGAAGAACACUACAAAUUUGUGGCAACACCUAAAAUUGAAUCACAAAGAGGCAUAUC